CACCCCAAAUUCAAGUCCAGCUAGUCCUUAGACUGUGCUUCCAACCGCCGCGAUGGCAACAGUGGCGGCGCUCUUUUCCCACCUCCGCCGUUCACGUCAAUCCUCCUCCCUUUCCCUUUCCCUCCUCUCUCUGCCACGUGUCCUCACCUCUCACCACCCUCCUCCUCUUCCCGCUUCCGCCACACCUCACUCUCCAACCCUCCCGUUUUUCGGCGCGUUCCGCUCCCGCGCUUUCUCGACUCGUUUUUCUUCUGAUGACCGCGAAUCGGUGAUGGACUCGCUCGGUGUCGACUCGCCGGUUAACUCGGAGCUUCUUAAAGUGAUCGCUGACAGCAGUGGCGGCGGUGAAGACAACCCGGUUUUCCCCGUUCGUGCGGUGAUUUGGAUGCUUGAUUCAUUCCACGAUCUUUCUGGAUUUCCAUGGUGGAUAACUAUUGUUUCCUCUACUUUGGCUCUCAGAAUUGUUCUGCUUUUUCCUCUGGUUUUAACACUUCACAAGGUUAAAAGGAUUGGGGAAUUUUUUCCUAAAUUGCCUCCUCCAUUCCCACCACCUUUCUCAGGAAAGAGUUAUAUUCGUCAAUUUAUAUUCUUCCAGAAGGAGAGAAAAGCAGUUGGAUGCCCCUCAUAUGUGUGGCCACUGGUACCAAUUAUUGUCCAGAUUCCAUGUUUUUUCCUGUGGAUGAUUAGCAUAAGGAAGAUGUCACUGGAUGGUCACCCUGGUUUUAAUUGUGGUGGUGCUUUAUGGUUCCAGAAUUUAACAGAACUCUCUCACGGUUAUUCAGGGUUCAUCUUUCCUUUUCUGAUUGCUGGUUUGCACUACGUUAAUGUUCAGAUAUCCUUUCGGAAACCUCUGGUCGAAGAAACAAGGAACAUUUUUGACUUAUUAGCCAAAUACUACAAACGAUACUUGGACUUUCUAACAUUGCCUAUAGUUUACAUUGGCUUUUGUAUUCCUCAGGGGAGCCUACUUUAUUGGAUUACCAAUAGUUCAUUAACCCUCGUUCAGCACGUAGCUCUUAGACAUCCUGCUGUCCUUGCAAAGUUGGGUUUACAAGACAAGAAUAGUCAAACUGCAGCUUCUGAGGAAAUUGGUGUUGCUAAAACAUCCCCUUCACUGGGGUUACAAGACAGUAGUCCAACAGCAGCUACCAAGGAAACUGUUUCUCCUGAAAAAAACCCUCUGGAUUCACCUGAAAAGUGGCACAAAAUACCUAUAGAGGACAUGUCGCCUAAAGAACUGACUGCUCUUUCAAUCCCAUUUCUAUCCGAUGAUGAUAAAGAAAGUGCAAUUCCUUUACUAAAACUAGCACUUGAUAAGGAUCCUGAAUAUGUACGAGCUUUGGUUUUGAUGGGACGAGUUCUAUUGCUGAAGCAUAUAAAUGAUGAAGCUAAUGAGUACUUUGAGCGUGCAAUAUCAAAGCUUUCUCUUGCUGGUCAUCCAACUGAUGCGGAAGAUGUUGAUCUUUUGAUUCUUUCAUCCCAAUGGGCCGGAGUUGCUUGUGAACGACAGGGAAAGAGGGCCGAAGGACGUGCACACUUUGAAAGAGUUGCAAAUAUGGAGGAGCCCGAAGAUCCUACUAGCAAAGGUUAUUAUUUUGAUGGGUUGCUGUUGCUUGCCAGCACUCUUUUUGAUGCGGGUCACAAGGCUGAAGCUGCAAAGUACCUGCGUCUUGUUGUUGCUUAUAAACCUGGUUAUAAAAAAUUCUUGGAACAGUGUGAGCGAGAUGAUGAUGAUGAUGCUGAUGCUGAUGACAUUGCUAGUGAUCUUGCCCGUAGUAGGAGAGAACUCUGAUUUCAAAUUUUUCUACCAAUGUCCUUAUUUAUUUAUUGAAUAUCUAAACGAUAAAGUUUGGGAAAUAUUAAUCUCCUUUCACACGAGGUAACUUAUCUCAUUUUUUCUCAUUUCGAUUUUCGCACCCCACUUUUU